AUGCCUUUGCUACAGGGGAAGAUGUGCCAGGAGGAAGAAUCCGACUCAGACGAAUCUUUCCACUGUUGCGGAAGGCCAGAGGACCUGCUUGAAGAUGCCCAAUUGAGGAUGGAAAUUCCUAAGCCGGUUGGAAAUGAAGUACGCGUCCCCGAAGAUCAAGACUACUACCUCUAUUCCGCUGGCCUUGGACGACUGAAUUCUCCCAACGACGGGCCAAACUGUGGAUCACUUUCAUCAAGUCACGACUUCCAAAGGACUCUAACCGUCUGUUCCUCUGAUUCCGACCGCACUCGGGUAGGAAGCCCUCUCCUCAUCAUCAAAACUGGCGAGGUAGUCUUACCAGCCUCUGCACUCGAGAUGAGGCACAUUCCAGUCCAAUCAGGCAAACCUAGCCUGCCUGCCAAGCCAAGGAAGAAGCCACAAUGGAAGAUUCAAAUCCGUCCGCCCCACAGUUUUCUCCGAAUGGCGAUCAGUCCAACCGAAGACCCCGCAAACUCCCAAGCUUCUGACAGCCCAAGCCUCAGCCCUUCGUGGUCCAUCACCACCAAAACGGUCUCUUCGUCGAGGGGGAAUGGUUUUCAAUCCCAGCAGCCUUCCUGUGCAAUUGAAGGAAUUGGCCGAGACUGA